AAUAUGUUAGUUUUAUGCCGAUAGUGUCAAAUUUAAAGUCGAAAGCGUUACGCAAAUGCAAUAUACGAAGGGUAUAGAUUUUGUUCGUUUCUCGACGUAUUGUGGAGUAGUGAAAUUCAUGAUGUCUAACUCGCAGCAGUAUUCGUGAUUCAUGCGCAUGGAGUGUAUCGUGAAUGGUAUAUCGUGUAACGAGCAUCUAGUCGAGUAGGAUGGAAACUCGAGUUUUCACGAACCGAAUCACACUAUGCCUCGAAAGACGCUGAAAACGUACCGACGAUCACGUUAACGUGUUCAAGGACCAACGAAUAUUCGUGUACGGUCUUUUUUCCCCCGAAAUCUGACAGAAUUCGGUUUGUUGACAGGUGCGCGAUAUUUUCUUUUUCCGUUUUGUUUUUCUCUCUCGUUUCACCUACGUUCAAUCCCCCUUAUCUGUUUUUCCUCUCGUGUUCGUUUCCCUUUGCCCUUUCAACCCUUAAGCGCCUUAUCCCCCAUUUUCAUCUGCCGGGCAAAAAAGAGAGCACCUCUUUACCCUCGCCGCCCCUCCUCCCUUGUAUUCGUUCGUUCGCUCUGUCGCUCAUAUUUUUCGAUACUCUGUCUAUCUCUUUCUCCGAGCCUCUCGUUUUCUCUCCCCCUCUUUCGAGAAUCGCGUAUUUUUCUUUCUUUUAUUAAAUGUACACGAUAACAAGACAAUUUUCGGUUCCCCUGCAUAUCGUAAACGUGGAUGAGUGAACGUAUUUUCGUGCGGUGGCCGAUCAUCAUCGGCCGUUCUGCCUCCUACGUGAACGUGAAUGCUCCCUACGUUUAACUGGUGUCAAUGUACACACGGUGUAACGUUAUCGUAGCAUCGGUGGCCAGAAAGCAUUUUUAAAAGGGAUCUUCCGUUCAACUAGAAAAUUCGACAUGAUGAAGAGCAGUGCUAUGCUUAAGAAAGAAAGUAAGAUGCGCAUACGUGCUUUUCCGACUAAUAUGGAUGAAAAGUAUGUGGAAAAUAUUUGGGCUUUACUAAAAAAUGCAAUACAGGAAAUUCAGAAAAAAAAUAAUUCCGGCCUUAGUUUUGAAGAACUUUAUCGUAAUGCUUAUACUAUGGUCCUUCACAAGUAUGGAGAACGUUUAUAUACAGGUUUAAAAGAAGUUGUAACACAUCAUCUUGAAAAUAAAGUACGAGAAGACGUAUUAAGAUCACUCCACAAUAAUUUUCUUCAAACAUUGAAUCAAGCUUGGAAUGAUCAUCAGACGUCAAUGGUGAUGAUUAGAGAUAUUUUGAUGUAUAUGGAUAGAGUGUAUGUUCUGCAAAAUGAUGUAGACACUGUGUAUAACUUGGGUCUUAUCAUAUUUAGAGAUCAGGUGGUCAGGUAUGGUUGCGUAAGAGACCAUUUAAGAGAAACAUUAUUAGGUAUGGUAGUAAGAGAAAGAAGAGGAGAAGUAGUAGAUCGCAUUGCGAUAAAAAAUGCCUGCCAAAUGUUAAUGUUACUUGGUAUUAACAGUCGUCAAGUUUAUGAAGAAGAUUUUGAAAGGCCUUUUUUACAACAAAGUGCAGAAUUUUAUAAAAUGGAAUCUCAGAAAUUUUUGGCAGAGAAUAGUGCAUCCGUAUAUAUAAAAAAAGUUGAAGCUAGAAUCUGUGAAGAAUCUGACAGAGCAAAACACUAUUUAGACGAGUCUACUGAACCACGAAUAGUAGAAGUUGUAGAAGAGGAAUUAAUUAAAAUUCAUAUGAAAACUAUUGUUGAGAUGGAAAACAGCGGUGUGGUACACAUGCUCAAAAAUCAGAAAACCGAAGAUCUUGGUUGUAUGUACAAAUUAUUUUCACGAGUUUCGGAUGGCUUGCGUACAGUAUGCGAUUGUGUCUCACAGUUUCUUAAAGAACAAGGACGUGCCAUGAUUCAGGAAGAACAUGAAUCGACAACAAACGCUGUUCUCUUCAUUCAGAAUUUGUUGGAUUUAAAAGAUCGUUUCGAUCAUUUUCUUCACUACUCGUUUAAUAAUGAUAAAAAUUAUAAACAAAUGAUAGCUUCUGAUUUUGAAUACUUCCUCAAUUUAAAUACAAAAAGUCCAGAAUACCUUUCACUCUUCAUCGACGACAAGCUGAAAAAGGGUGUCAAAGGGAUGACAGAGCAGGAAAUUGAAGGUAUCCUGGACAAAACCAUGGUUCUGUUUCGAUUUCUCCAAGAAAAAGACGUGUUUGAACGAUACUAUAAGCAGCACUUAGCCAAACGUCUUCUUUUAAAUAAAUCCGUCUCCGAUGACAGCGAGAAAAAUAUGAUAUCUAAACUUAAGACUGAAUGUGGGUGUCAGUUCACAUCGAAAUUGGAGGGAAUGUUCAAAGACAUUACAGUCAGCAAUACUAUCAUGGAUGAAUUUAAAGAUCAUGUCCUUACAUCCAAUACAAAUCUACACGGUGUGGACAUAAGUGUAAGAGUUUUGACAACAGGUUUCUGGCCGACGCAAUCCGCGACUCCUAAGUGUAGCAUGCCAUCAGCUCCGCGGGAUGCUUUCGAUGCCUUUCGGCGUUUCUAUCUCGCUAAACACAGCGGCCGACAGUUGACGUUGCAACCACAAUUAGGUUCCGCGGACUUGAACGCCGUGUUUCACGGGCCACGAAGAGAAGAGAUCAGUUGCGGCGAUACACCUUCGUCUUCGAGUUCCAUUGGUAACGGAAGCGGUAGCACUAACGGUAAUCUAUUAAGUCAGCGUAGCAGCAGUUGCGGAAACACUAGGAAACACAUAAUACAAGUAUCAACUUAUCAAAUGUGCGUGUUAAUGCUGUUCAACAAGAGAGACAAAUUAACGUAUGAGGAAAUUCAAGGUGAAACCGAUAUUCCAGAGAGAGACUUGGUUAGAGCGUUACAAUCUCUCGCAAUGGGUAAAGCUACACAGAGAGUAUUACUAAAGCAUCCCCGUACAAAGGAAAUAGAACCUUCGCAUUAUUUCUGUGUCAAUGACAGUUUUACCAGUAAAUUACACAGAGUGAAGAUUCAAACAGUGGCGGCGAAAGGCGAAUCUGAACCAGAAAGAAGAGAAACACGUAACAAAGUUGAUGAAGAUAGAAAGCAUGAGAUAGAAGCUGCUAUCGUUCGUAUUAUGAAAGAUCGGAAACGCAUGCCUCACAAUGUACUUGUAACAGAAGUAACGGAGCAAUUAAGAGGACGUUUUUUGCCUUCUCCCGUAAUAAUUAAAAAACGUAUCGAAGGUUUAAUCGAACGUGAAUAUUUGGCACGCACGCCAGAAGAUAGAAAAGUGUACACGUAUGUUGCUUAAUGCUCGAAUUCAAAUGUUGGAUCUGUACAAACAUGUAAGUAUUUUGUAAUAAUACAUAUUUCUUUCAACGUAUUUCAAUGUUUCAUUAUACUUAGCCGAUUAAUUUGUAUCGUUACAUCAUUAGUUUUCAUUAAUUAGAAAUUGUUAUCGUCUUUAUUAUUGUUUCACAAAGAUAAUUAAGAUUACCGCGAUUGAGGCAUUCCACAUCACAGCCCGUACAUCUCUAAAAGAAUAUCGAUUCUACAUUCCAUUAAUUAUUGAUAGUACUUUGUAAUAAUACACUUCUAUUUUACAUUUUAGGUUUUGAUAAAGUAUCACGGUUAAAUAAUUUUUCGCGUUGAAUAAACUUAUUACAUGUGCUGCGUAUUAUACACAUUAUUAUUAGACAAGAUUCUUUUAUUUGGCUCAAAACCUAGAAUUUAAAAUGGAAACCAAUGAUAAAAAAAAAAAAUUAAUGAUGUUACAAAAUGAAUUGGUGUUUAAACGAUGUUGAUUGCCUCAAAAUUUGAAGAAAACAAUUAGAUAUAUUUUCAAUUGACCAGUUUGGUGGAAAAGGUUGACGUAUUAAUCGAGAACCGUAAACUUUAUACUCUCAAGUUUAAAACGAAGAUUUAUGAAUAUGUUCUGUAAUAUUUAUGACAUCCUCUUCCCUGAAUUCACUUCAUUGUAUUUCAGUCAUAAGCGGUUAAAUUGACUGAAACUUGCGAUAACACCGGCUAUAAUAGAAUAUUGCGAUUUAAAUUCAAUAGUGUUUAAUUAAACAGAUGUUUCUUAAUGAUAAAUGAAAAAUAAGAUACGAUUGUUAAACACGAUCUACACAUCGUUCUUAUUACAAUUAAGGAAUUUUUCUACACUUGUAAAACUGUGAUUAUCUACUAUCAUAUACAAACCACCUGGAUGUACCAUGAACUUCGCUAAAAUAUUGGUGUUAUACCAUGACUUUAUUUACGUUUAUGGUUAUCUAUUAUGUGUGUACAUAAGCAGUGUGAAUGUAUAUCUAAGAAUAUAUUUGCCUCAUUUUCAGUGUUCGAUGUUUUAUUUUAAACAUUGUCCAUGUCCUUCU